AUGACGGACUCGGCCUCGGACGCGGUUCGCGUCGCCGUUCGGGUUCGCCCAAUGAACCAAAGAGGUGAGUUGCAUUAUAAAUCCAUUAUAAAUGAUAUUUUAGCCUACUUUAACAAUUUUUAUUGUUUUUUAAUUUAAAAAUUUCAAAAAAUUUUUAAAUUUUUUUUAAUUUUUGGGUUACUGUAACUUUUGGGUUAAAACCAAAAUUUUUUUCUUAUUAUACGUAAAAGUAAGAGUAAAUGCCCCAUUUUUCACAUUGUAAUCGAGUUUCCAUAAGUUGAAAAGUUGUUUUACCUAAGGGCUUUUAUUCGAUUUAUUUACGGUCCGAAGGGCUUUUAUGAGGUCAAAAGCUUAUCAAACCCACUAUUUUUGGACUUAAAAUGUACUGAAGUUCAACCAUUUUAAUUGACCAUAAAAUUGAAACAUGUUUCUUGAGGUUACUGUAACUUUUUACUGUAAAAACCGGUUUUUUAUUAAAAUUUUGAUUGAAAAAGAGUUUUUAAAUGUUUUCAACGAUUUUAAAGUGCAAAAACUUAUUAGACUAGCCUAGAAAAUGUAUGAAAAGUAAAAUAUUAACAUUUGUCAGAAGUAGUGUUAUCAUAAAAUGGCAGUAUUUUAGUAGAAUUAGUUUAGUUUUAAUUGAUUUUGGCUCAGAAACCUUGUUUUUCUGGAAAUAAAUUAAUGUUUAAAGCACUAAAAAGCGUGGUAGUAGACGAACUCUUACUGGAACUAUAGCGUGACUACUCUAAAAUGAACUUUAAUGAUCUGUGACAUAAUUUAGAAAGAAAAACAGAGAAAAAUUUAGGUUGAAAUAUGGCUAAAAUUAACUUUUUUUGGAGUUGUUCUUGCUAGCUCUAGCCACAGUUUUGGUUGAAAGCUGUAGCCUAAGCCCUAGGACAGUCCUAGCUUUAGUUCUAGUUCCAGCCCUGGCCCGUGCCCUAGCACCGAGCCCUAGUUCAGAAUCCUAGCCAAGAGCACUAGCCUAAAGCCCUAGCUCUGGCCCUUAGCCCUCGUUUCUAGCGCCGGCCUUAGCUGCAGCUUUAGCCCUCGCCCUUGCCUUACCAUUUGUCUUAUCCUUGGCUCUAGCCUUACCUUUAGACGUAACCUUAGUUUUAGCAUUAACGAUAGCCGCAGCCUUGGUCCUGUGCCCUAGUUCCUAGCCAUUACCUAUAUAUAGCCCUAGACCUGGUAUUUAGCCCUAGCUCUAGCUUUAGCUCUAGUCCUUGCCCUAGCUCUAGGGCAAUUCAGCCCUAGCUUAGCCCUAGCUCCAGUUUUAGCUAAGUUAGCCGUUGUUUUAGUCUUACAAAGGAAGUGUCUUACUCAUUUGUUAGUCCUAGAGCAGGAAGUUACGGUAGUAAACGAUGUUCCAAAUCUUUCGAAAACUAGCCAAAUUUUAGUGACAUAAAACGCUUUGAAAUGUGUUUUUUCGUCCAUGCCAAAUAAGGCCCCGAGGCCACAUAAACGUGUUUAUAGAUCUUCAAUGGAUAAAAGGGUCAAAUCUGAAGGCCAAUUCCUAAAAAAGAUAACUAAGAAGUGCUUUUUAUAAAAAAAUUUUAAAUCAAAUUUCAGAGGUCAAUUUGCAAACAAAAUGUGUGGUACGAAUGCGCGACCAACAAACUGUACUAAAUGCACCAAAAGAUGAGUAAGCAUUUUAAUUUUUAAGUGCAACAUGCAAUGACUAAGGCAUGGAAAUAGGGUUGGACAUGGCAACGUAGAGUAGAGUAAAAUAAGGUAGGGUAGGAUAAAAUAGGGCUUAUGGUACCGUAAGUAGGAGAAUAGUAUACUGCCUAAGAUCGGGUAGGGUAGGGUAGGGUAUUUUUAUGAAGUAACUAACCAAAAAAUGUAAAAUCAUUAUAUUAACCAUGCCACAAUUACAGUAAACUCCCUAAAACCUUUGCUUUCGACAACUGCUUCGACUCAGUAGAUCCAUCGUCAUCAGAAUUCGCUUCCCAAGCUACAGUCUUCUCAGCCAUCGGAGAAAAUGUGGUCGAAAACGCGUUCGCCGGCUACAAUGCCUGUAUCUUCGCAUACGGUCAGACUGGCAGUGGUAAGAGCUACACAAUGAUGGGUACUCCAACCGACCCCGGACUGAUCCCAAGACUUUGUGACCGCAUUUUCGAGAAGAUUCAAGAAAAAACGGAUCUGAUGACCAGCUUCAAGAUCGAAGUCUCAUAUAUGGAGAUCUACAAUGAGAAGGUGCACGACCUUCUUGACCCCAAGAACUCGAACCGACGACCAUUGAAGGUUCGUGAGCAUAAGGUGUUGGGGCCACUGGUCGAUGGGUUAAGUGUUUUGGCGGUCGAUUCCUUCGAACAGAUCACGAGGUUGAUGGAUGAAGGCAACAAGUGCAGAACGGUGGCAGCUACGAAUAUGAAUGCGGAAAGUUCUAGAAGUCACGCUGUAUUCACGUUACAGAUCACACAGACUAUCACUGAUGAAAGCAAUUCGGUAGGUUUUAAUGGGUCAAAAAGUUUGUAGAAGAAAUGAAAUUUUGGGGUGAUAAAGGAGGGGAGUUUGGGGGCAAUGGUAGGGCAAGGGUAUAACAAUGAAAGGGUGAAGAAAGGGAACGACAAAAGUAGGGCAGAGUUAAAGAACGGGUAGGGAAAGGCAAGUCUAGGGCAAGGCUAUGGCAAAGAUAGAGCAAGGGUAGGGCAAGGGUAUAACAAUGAUAGGGCAAGGAGAGAGCAAAGAUAGGGUAGGGUAGGGUAGGGUAGCGUAGGGUAGAGCAAAGAUAAAUUAGGGUGAGGCUUGGUACAGUAAGGUAGGGCAAUACCAAAUAUUAUCUAUAAAAUACCGUAGCAACCCCAUCCAUCUUCUUUACUAUGUGUGUAAUGUCAAAAAUGUCACUUAUUUUGCGAAAUUUUGACGGAAAACCAAGCAACUUGUCAUAUAUGUCAACUUCAAUGACAAGAUACGAUAACUGUAAUCAUGUUUCGAAGUCAAUUUUUUAGAUUUUCGGGAUUUAUAUUGCCUGAGGGGAUGAAACGGUUUAAAAAUUUUGUUUGAGUUGGUCAAAAAGUUCGUAGAAUUGGUCAAAAAUGACAUUUUUUGGGUUUUUAAUGGCUUUUCUAAAGACUGUUUGACCUGAAAAUUUUUUAUUUUUUAAUUUUUACAUUUUGGUACAAUAUAAAAUGACAUGCCCAAAAAUUAAAACCGCCCCCCCCCCCUUAAUAUUAUUUAAUUUUAAAAUUUCCAGUUUCACGGCGAAAAGGUGGCCAAGAUCUCACUGGUAGAUUUGGCCGGAAGUGAACGUGCUCAAAAGACAGGAGCGAUGGGGAAACGUCUAGAAGAAGGUGGAAACAUCAACAAGUCCCUCACCACCUUGGGCAUGGUAAUAUCCGCCCUAGCCGAGCGGAACACCCAGAAGAAGGCCUUCGUACCGUACCGUGACUCCGUUCUAACCUGGCUUCUGAAGGACAAUCUAGGUGGAAACUCGAAGACCGUAAUGAUUGCUACGGUCAGUCCGGCUGCUGAUAACUACGAAGAGACGCUGAGCACGUUACGGUACGCUGAUAGAGCCAAGAAGAUUGUGAACCAUGCUGUUGUUAAUGAGGAUCCGAAUGCCAAAAUUAUCAGAGAAUUGAGAGAAGAGGUGGAGACAUUGAGGCUGCAGAUCAAUCACAAUCAGGAACGACAGAAUGUGAGGGUUUGCUAUGGUUUUUCCAUCCUACAGUACCAUAAUAUACCCUAGUUUAUCCUAUCGUACUCUUUUGCCGUACCCUACCCUUCCCUACCCUACCCUACCCUACCCUAUCAUACCCAACCCUACCAUACCCAACUCUACCCUACCAUACCAUAAACUACCGUACCCUAUCCUACCCUUAUAUAAUGUCUACUGAAACCUAAUCCUCAACCUACAGUACCAUAAAGUACCCUGCUUUAUCUUAUCUUUCGCUGCCCUAGCUGCACCCUGCCUUAAAACCUAGGUUGCCUUACUCACUCAGCCCUUGCUUUAUGCCCAUUUAAACACUUUCCUUCUCUCGGUCCCCCUGUCCCCACCUCUCCCCAAGAUACACCUAAAUUACCACAAAUUUCUUUCAGGAAGCCGCCGAACUCAGAGAACGUUUAGCCGAAUCGGAACGACUGGUCGAAAUGAUGAAUAAGAGUUGGGAAGACCGAUUGAAAGAGACCGAAGUGCUACGUCAAGAGAGGAUGAAAGACUUUGCUGAAAUCGGAAUCAGUGUAGCUGAUGCUGGCAUUAAAGUAGAGAAAGACCGAUUCUACCUGGUUAAUUUGAACGCUGACCCAUCGUUGAAUGAGCUACUGGUCUACUAUAUUAAUGUAGGUCCGAAAUUUUGUUUAAAAAAAUUUUUGAUUUUUUAGAAUUUUUGGGUCAAGUGUUACCUUUUGAACUUUAGGCUAAAAAUGAAAUUUUAAAAAAAUUAAAACUUUUAUCAUAGGUAGUAAAAAAGACAUAAUUUUACAUUUUUCAGCAAGAAGCCGUGAUAGGAAGCGCCGAAUCCACGGAUUCUGAGCUUAAAGUGGACUUUCUACUACAAGGUCUAGGUAUCAACCCGCAUCACGCCUUGUUAGAGAUUGUUAAUGAAGAUGACAAGCCGAAACUCUACAUUGAACUACUGGCAGAGACCUCUAGGUAUGUUUUGGUUUUGCAAUUUUAAUUUUUUUCGUAUUUAGGCCUAAAAACUUUAGAAAUUAGCAUAUUUUUUGAAAUUUUGGUUAAAAAUUGGGGAAAAAGCGGGGUUUUUUGUAUUUUUUGGCCCUUUUUUCUUAUUUAAAUGAUGUUAUUGUACAUUUUUCGAUUUCUAAUAAUUUUAUUGUACACUUCUUACUAUUUCCAGAGUCUGUGUGAAUGGUACCGUAGUAGAACCGAAGCAAAAAGUUGGUCUGAAGAACGGCGACCGCCUUCUGAUUGGCUACAAUCACUUUUUCCGCGUCAAUUGCCCACGAGACCCGGAUGAAAGCAACACAUCUCAAAUGAGUACCUCAAUGUGCUCAAACAAUGUGGAUUACAAUCGGGCAUGGCUUGAAGCCAACAGUGAAGCCACGAACUUGAAUCCGAUCAGCAGUGCUGUAGAUCAGUAUAUUGAGCAUAUUGCUAUUAAGCAUGAGGAGGAGAAGCAGGCGGCGUUGGAGAAGCAGUACGAAGAGUUUGAGCGAUACCUACAAGGAUUGGGACAUAGGUAAGGGUGGAGGAGUUGAAAUUUUAAAUUUUUUAAAAAUUGAAAAUUUUGUGAAAAAAUUAAAUUUUGAAAUUUUUCGAAAAAUUUUAAAAUUAAAAAAAAUUGAAUUUUCAGAAUCUCAAAAUUUUUCAGUUAAAAAAAUCGAAAAAAUCAUGUUUCAGCCUGGCCACCCCCUCCACGCCGAUGACUCCGGCCAUACCCUACCUGCCCACGCCCAGCGCCACUCUACCCCCAAUCCUCUUCCCAGGCACGAAUCGAAAUGACAAAACCCAAUUUCUAAACUGGGCUAAUCGACGAGAAGAGUUAUUGAAAGAAAGUCUUUGCCAGUUAAAGACUGACAUUGUCAGAUCGAAUGCAUUGGUACGAGAGGCCAACAUGAUCGCUGCUGAACUGUGGGGAGAACGACGCGGAUUGGCACAUUAUGAUGUGACCCUGCAGAUUCCGGCUGGAAAUCUGAGGCCUAGCAAGAUUAAGGUGGGGUUUUAGAUUUUUUGAAGUUUUUAAACUUUAAAAAUUUUAAAAAUUCAAAUUUUCAUUAAAAACUCAAAAUUUCAACAAAAAAAUCAUUUUAAAAAUUAUCGACCGGUCGUACCAAAAACAACUGAUUUAAGACCGGCAACACCGUGUGUGAACCAGUUAUCGUGGUGAAACGCUACGGAAUGAGUGGAUAUCACCUGUGGACUCCAGAACAACUCGAGAACAAACUGAUUGACAUGAGAGAGAUGUACAACGAGCGAAGGCUGCUGGGCAGUGAAAUUCACGAAAACUGUGAAGCCUCAUGCUCGUCCUCAUCCGGAGUUGUGAGUGGAGAAGAAGGCACGGAAAACGAAAGUCAACCUGGCCUGGUGGAUUCAUUGUUUGAAAGUCAGGUAGGAGAGGUUUAUAAACGUUGUUGUAAUAAUAAAAUAAGACAGAAUUUUAAAAUUUUUGAAAAUUAAAGGUAGAAGGUUUUUGGCUAGGUGACUUGGUCAUGUUGAUCAUAUUUGUCAUCAAAAUUUAGUUGAGUACCAUCAAAGUUAGUCAAGACAUAAGAAACGGCCAAAUCUACCAUAAAAUUUUUCAUUUUGCCAUAACUUUUUUCAACAAAAACCUAAAACCACAAAAAUUUGUGAAAUUAUAGCCUAUUCCUAUAAGUAACUAACACUUUUUAAAAAAUUUAAAAUUUCGCAAAACUUUAAAUGUUACAGUAAUUUAACAGCGACCCCCUUAAAACCUCAAUUUAACCAAUUUUUUCAGGAAAAGCACAGCCUAAUAGGAGUCGCCAACGUCUUCCUUGGAGUACUAUUCCACGAUCUCAAGUUGGACUACCCUGUUACAAUCAUAAGUCAACAAGGAGAAGCUUGUGGCAAGCUUUUAGUCGAGGUUUACCGUGUUCCAGAGUGCAUAACAGAAGAUACGAUCGAAAACGCAGUAAACCUUCGUAUGGGACAAAGCCCAAAUUGUUUGUUGGGUCAGACUAUCAAAUGCAGAGUAAGAUAUAGUAUUUUAGUUAGAUUACAACAUAUUUUAAAGUAUCGAAUACUAAAAAAGAAGAAUUCAAAAUUUAAACAUUAGUUAUGGGCAAUGAUAAUAUAAAGUGACAAAACAUCUCUUGAAGAUUUAAAAUUACGAAGUCUGACAUCAUAAAAAGAUAAAUCAUCUUAUAAUCCAUGUUUUCACAAAUUUUGGGAUCAUUUGGCUCUGAAUUUCAAAGUUAUGGGACCUUAUAGUAGGUGUUCCCCUAUAAGCCUCUGUACCUCCUCACUUGGUGGUCUCAAUCAAGUGAAAGUUUACGAACAUACAUACCGAAACAUUCUUAUUACCUUUUAAACAAUUUUACGUACGAACAUGGGAAAAACGUAUUUUACCUUUCAGAUUCGAAUCAAAAAAGCCAUCAACCUGCCUCCGGAGCUGUCUCACUGCGUCUUCUGCCAAUAUUCCUUCUUCAAUGUGUCGGAAAUGCUGGUAGUUGCUCCAAAAGUGAUUGAAGAUCCUAAAAAUAAGAAUAAACUGCCAAAUACUUUUGUUUUUGACUAUGAAAAGGUAAGUUAUUGUAAAGUUUCGGCCGAAAGUCAAGGAAAUGAAUAAUUUUGAGCCAACUUUUCCUUUUUUGCAGCGACAUUUCGGGCCAACUGUUUCUUUACAUAGCUUUCGGCCAGUUUUGAUAGUUUUUUGUGCUAAUCAGUAGAUUUUUAAAUAGUAAAUGGAUUUUAAACUAUUUUUGAAUAUCUUUCUUCUAUAACUUACAUAAAAGUUUUUAUUCCAGGACUUUUACGUGACGAUAACCGAAGAAUUCCUUGAGUAUGUCCAAGAAGAUGCGUUAUCAAUCGAAAUCUGGGGCCACAGGACAAGUGGCUUGGAUGAUGCGGAAGAAUCUACUGAUCUAGGAAUCUCAGUAACAUCAUUACCGAAUGAUACGGCAACUGUAAUGGCACAAAAACAGAAAAGUUUAGAAGAAAGAUGGGCCGAAGUGACAAGAAGGAUCGAGCUGUGGAUUGACGUCAAGGAACUGAAUGAUAAUGGAGAAUUCAACUCGGUUGAUGUGUUUGAUGAAGGAGAAGACCCUACUGGAGGGAUUUAUCAACUCAAACAGGUAAUAAUUAGGGUUUUUGAAUGUGAUUUUAAGAUAAAAUGGCAGAUUUGCGUUUUUUCGCUGAAAGUUGUAGUUGGUCAAAUGUAAAGUUAAUUUUUUGAUGUUUGUGGUUCUUGAAAUCGAAGGAAAAUUUGUGAAAAUAGAUGAAAGUGUUGAGGUUGAUAUUACCAAAACGGUUAGAUAUAAAAAUUUAAAUUUCAGGGACAACAACGCCGUCUAUCAGUCCGUCUACGUCAAUCAACGGAAAAAGGUGGUCUGCCUUUGGUAUUCUCUGACAUUUCCACGGUAGCUGUCGGCUCUUUAGUUCUCCGUGAUCCGUAUUGUCAAUGUGAAGAACGUCCACUCGAUUCCUAUCAAGAAGAAGGUCUAGAUCAGAUUCGAGAUCAAUGGACUCGAGCUCUAGAUGAUCGUCAAAAGUAUUUGAGCGAACAAAUCAAGAAAAUUGAAGCUUUGGGUAAUCAAAAGUCGUUGGCUGAUAGUGAAAGAGAAUCUUCACUGAUAAAUCAAUGGAUGUUGUUGACAGAGGAGAGGCAAGCGGUUAGUGUACCACCUCCAAAUUCGAGUAUACCUGGAGCGACGGCUGAUUGGAUACCUCCGCCAGGUAUUGAGCAACAUGUGCCAGUUGUGUUUUUGAAUUUAACGCCAGAUGAGUUUGAUAACGAAGAGGCGGAAGCUGAGGGAAUUGGUCCAAAAGUCGCGGGAUUGAGUGCAACAUUGGCUAUGGAGAAGUUUGAUCAGAUGGUUUUGUUACCAGUAGUGGAGAAGGACCCACACGAAGUAGGUUUUUGAAGCUUUUAUAGUAUUUCUUUGAAUAAUAUGUAUUUGUACUGUACUGUUGAUACUAUACUUUAGUACCUCCUUCUAACCGCAAUAUAUUUUAGAUGUCAGUAACCUGUGCUUGGGACAGCUCUCUACAUCAAGAUCAGCUGUUGAAUAGAGUUUCUCAGAACAACGAACUUACCUAUGGUGUAGUUCGUGUAGCCGUGCGUCUAUCCUACCCAUUCAACGCCGAGCUGGUCAUCAGGAAGCGAAUCUGCCUCAACGUGUAUAAGAAAACAAGUCUAAAGGAUAGGUUGAUGAAGAAGAUUGGCGUCCAAGGCACGGUGAAUGGCACAGGAGUGUACUACGACAUUGUGGCACACGUGCCCAAGAGCUCGUUGGACAUGGAGGACCGGGCCAGCUUGGCCAUGAUGGCGGCCAGACACUCGGACGAAGUAAAAACAACCAUAAAUGGGCAAUGUGCAUAUGUUGAGGCAUAUACGAAGAGCAUACAGGCAGUGGAGUGGAUGUUGAAGUUGGACAGGUUGAGACAGGAGAGUGCAGUCGCGAACUCGCUUGGAAAGGCGGAGAGGAAGAAGUAUCAGGCCACGAGCUUCAGGAUGAAAAGGACUGUUUCUUUGCCUUCUACUAUAUCUAACGUGAGUUUGUGAACUAGGAAAAUGUAUUUUAUGACAUUUUUUAUUAGAAAUGAGGGUUUUAUGACAUUUUUCAUAACAAGUCGCAUUUAAAAAUUAAAAAAAAUAAUUUUCAGAUGGCUCUACCUCCAAUAGCACCGAAACAGCCGCUAGAUAACACCGUAAUCCUGCAGAACCAAGAAAACAACAACUCGACUACUGUACAUAACAAACUGAUGGAGGUAUCGACCUCCAGUUCUUCGUCUGGAUACUCAUCUAUGGGUACGGUAUUUUUUAAUAGUUUUAAAUGGAUUACUGUACUUUCAAAGGGAUUCUCUCACUGUUUGUUGAGAGGGGGCUUAAAAUUAUUUGAACCACCUAGUAGAUACAGUAAAACCCUUAAAGUACAGUAAUUCAAAUUUCGAAACUAGAGAUUGUUACGGUAGCUUACUGUAGGCAUUUCUUUUGUAUACUAUAAAAUCAGUUUUUUUUUCGUUUUUCGCGGCUACAGUAACCUUUAUUCUGUACUUUCACUAAUUUUCCGUUUGCUUUUUAUUCUAUUUUUUAAAAACUUACUUCUGGUUGUACUCGGCUUGGUAUUCUUACUAGAUAGCACUGUCAAUAUGUAUGGAGGAAAAAUGGUACUAUAUAGUACUAUUGUGAACUUUGGUACUAUAUAGUAUUAAGGGCGAUACGUGAGAUAUAUAAGGAGGUAUAACACUUCGAAGUGGCUUAAAUGAGGCUUCGGUACUAUAUAGUACUAAAUAAAUGACGGUUUGGUACUGUAUAGUACUAUAAAAAAAUAUAGUUUGCUUGUACUAUGCUAGCACUAACACUAUUUAAGUAUCUUAGAACACUAAUAUUGAUAAAGUAGUAUAUAGUACCAACACUAUUUAAAUACUACAUAGUACCAUACUAUUCAAUUACUAUAUAGCACGAACGCCAAGCCCAGUACGACAAAAAUCUAUAAUUUUUUCAAAACUUAACACAGUACUAACUCGGUUUUCUCCAUUUUUACAGCACGUCCGACGUUUUUGAACCUCAAAACCACAAAGCGUUUUCCUCAAAGUAAACUGACUUUUUUACUCUGUAACUUUUCGUAAGGCAGUGUUGUGGUGUGCUACUGUGAUGUGUGUUGUUGGGGUGGCUCGAGUGACUGUUACUGUAGUUUUUGCGCAUAAACAGGUUAUUAGUUUAAGUACUAGUGGAACUAUUAGGUUGUUCAAAUAAUUUUGAGCCCUUCUCAAAGAAAAUCUGUUAGCACAGAAAUUUAAAAAAAUCUUCGAGGGGGCCCAGGAUUUUUUGAACAACCUAUUAUUUUUGGAACCGUUAGUACUGUUAAGGGUAUAAGCGAUGUGGUUUUUUUGGGACUGGUAUUACUGUUUUGGUACUAAUGAUAGUUUUUAUGCUGAAUAUUACUAUUUACAGCUUUAUUAAACAAUUUUAGCAAUAUUAGUACUGUUUUUGCAUAAAUAUGGAAGUUUGUACUUUUAGCACUCUUUUGAGUAUUAAUGAGCAUGUUUUGUAAUCGUACUAUUUUCAGUACCAAGAAAGCUUUUUAAUAGUAAAAACAGGGGCGUCAGACCCAAAAAAAAAUUUUCGUCCACAGCGACGCCCCUGAGUAAAAAUACUGUAAUCUCUAAAUAAAGUACUAUUAAAAGCACCAUUUGACAUCGAUAUUUGACACGAUUGUCCCAACUCUAUUAGUGUUUGGUUCCUUUUUCUGUUCAUUUUUGGCUUGUUUUGUGGUUUAUAUGGCUUAUGUGAAAGUUUAUAUGGCUUUACUUGAAGAUACUUGAGGAAAAAUAAUUUUUAAAAAUUUCAGUGAACUCGCUAGUCUCCCCGAUCGCUGAACCAACCUCAAAACUCUGUGGAAUCGACGAGGAAAACCAUUUGGAAGUGAGUUUUUGAAGGUUUAAUAUUAGGUUUUGUUCAAAUAAUUAUGUGCUCUCUCGAAGAAAACUUUUGAGGAUAGGGGCACAGAAUUAUUUGAACGACAUAAUAGGCGGUUUUGAUUGAUGGAACGAAAGUUUUUGUCGUUUUUUUGCCUUGUCAACAUUUUUUGUACUUUAAUUUUUUUUGGACUCUGUAAAGAAAGUUGUUGCGCUUUUGAUUUUUUUUUAAUUUUGCCAAAUUACCCCAUUUUUGAACUGAAAACGUUUUUUUUGAAUAUGCCAUUUUGAAAUUAACAUUUCUAAAAAAUUUUAAACUUUCAGGAUCUGGUAAUGCCGUGCCGCUCCUCCACCGUGCCCGAACAACUGUGCCUGAACGAGCCGAACGGCAACCUCGCCUCGGACCCCCUAACCUGCACCAACCACCUCUUCCAGCUCAAACCCCAAACCAAUAACAACAACGAGUCCGCCUGCUGA